UUCGGCCGGAGGGGAGGGAGAGAAAAGGGAGGUCCCGCCGCCCGUUCCCCCCGCCUAUCGUGGGAGGAGACCGAUGGCGGAUGGCUGCGGCCCGGCCUGGCUGGGGGCAGCGGCGAGGAGGGCUCCGCGGAGCCCCUGCGCCCCUGCGGGGGCCUGGGCGGCUGCUGGCCGCCCUCCUCAUGGCGCUGCUCCCCGCUCGGCCCCUCGGAGCGGCCGCCCGGCGCCCCCCGGCCGGCCCGCCCCGGGAGCCCUGCGGGAGGACGGCGGCUGGGGUUAUUAUAGAUGAUCUGUGGCUACAAAAUGAGACUGAAUGCCUGGGAAUGGCAGCAUUGCGCUUGCCUCUGGUAACUCAAGCAAGUGAAGUCCAUGACCUGCUCUUGACUUCUGCAGCGUCGGAUGAUCAGUGGAGCCAUUCGGUAUUUGCUUUGAUACCUUCAUGGACAAAGAAGAUUUUGUUUAAACGAGAGUCUUCUGUUAACCAUGAGCUGCCUGAAGAUGUGUCCUCUGGAUUUGGAAUAACCCUUCAGAAAUGUGCUGUGGUGGAUGUUGAACAUGAUCCUCAAACUGCCUAUGUUAGGCUUCUGAUUAAUAACACCAACACGCUGCUCUCAAGGAACAUUACCGAUCUUAUCCUCCUGGACAAUAUCACCGGCCUACAUGUUCAAAAAAACAGUGGUAAUAAGACAACAGAUGGUGUACAGAUUUACAGGAAAAGAUUCUUGCAAGUUGGAGAAUACUUUGCAAUCAACUACACUGCACUUCUUGAUGCAAAGGAAGCGUGGAAUGGCAGGGUCUUGACAUUGCCUGCAAAGUUAACUUUCAGGAGUUCAUCACAGAAUAAAACACUUCUCGUAUCCUUGAUGGCAUCAUUCACCAUAACCGAAGAAGAAAAGACAAAGAUUUCAUACAGUCAUGCCAUCCAUGCUUCAGGGUUCUUCAUUGCUUUUUUUGUUUCCUUUGUAUUGACAUGUGCUGUUUUUUUCAUUCUUUACCAAACCAAAUUAUUAAAAUGGAAUUUCCAUAGUAAAAACCAGGAGAUACAACAUGAACUCAGUCAAAAUCACAAACUGGAACAUUCUCAGUUCAGAUCAGGUGAUCUCUUCAGUGAAGAUGUAAUUAUGAAUGACCAAGUCAUUGAUAUACUGACCUUUGAAGAAUCGGGGAAUAUGCUUCAGGCUUUAGAAGACUUGGAGGUUGCCAGCCUGACUCGGGCAGAUGCUGAUCUGGAGGCAUAUCGAAUGCAAAUAUGUAAAGAAGUGAUUGCUAUGAUGAUGAAGAACAUGGUCUUAAGUCAUAGCCUCUUUCCUCACGUGGAGAAGAGGAUGAGUUCAAUUUUUAAAAAACAGUUUCUAGCAAUGGAGAAGGAGAUUCAGGAAGAGUAUGAAAGAAAGGUCGUAGCUUUCACAGCUGAAUGUAAUCUUGAAACUAGGAAGAAAAUGGAGGCUCAACGCCAAAAAGAGAGAACUGCGAAUGAAGAAGCUGAAGAAUUAAUGAAGAAAGUGAACGAAAAGCCUGCUGUGGAAUACCGAAGUCUUCUGGAUAGACUUCACAGGCUGGAGCAGGACCACCUGAAGAGGUUCCUUCUGGUAAAGCAGGAGGAAUAUUUUGCAAAAGCUUAUAGACAACUGGCUAUUUCCCAGAGAAAGGAGCUCCAUAACAUCUUUUUUACGCAGAUAACAAAUGCUACCUUAAAGGGAGAACUGAAAUUGGAAGCAGCUAAAACAUUAGUGCAAGAUUACUCUAAAAUACAGGGAGACAUUGAAGAGUUAAUGGAUUUUUUGCAAGCUAGCAAGAAAUACCAUCUGAAUAGAAGAUUUGCUUACAGAGAAUAUCUUAUAAGUAGGGUACAGUUAAUGGAUUCUCAAGCUUCUACUCUUAUAAGUGCAGCAGCAACCCAGAUAUCAGCUCUCAUUAAUAAGAUGGAAAGAGCAGGUCAUCUACCUGAAAGUCAUGUGGGACUUCUGCUGGAUCGAGCUGAGACUGAAAUUAAUUCUGUUAAACAGAAAUUUGAUCAUGAUUUGAAACAAGAAAAGCAAAAGCUUCAUCAAAAACUCGUUAUCAAGCGAAGGCGGGAAAUGUUGCAAAAGCAGAAAGAGCAUCGAAAGGAGCAGCUGUCACUAGGGGACCCCUUCAAAACCACUAAGGAGGUCACUCACUACCUGAGCCACUGGAAAAAUCUUCUGAAUGAUCACGCCAUUGAAUUUGAAGAACUUACUGAAAAGCUUGAUAAUGAGGCCAGUGAAGAGCUGAAAGACCUUAUAUUUAGUCUAACGGAGAAAACUAUUGAAGAGCUUAAGCGUGUUCAGUAUGGAAUAUUUGUGCAAGAACUGGUAAAGCUCAACGUGCCAAAGAUGUUCCUGCUGGAAGCUGUGGAAGAGCAUAAAAAAGAGUUAAUUAUUAAACGUGAACAGCUUGAAAGGGAAGAACAUGAAAAGAGCAUGGUCGCUGAAGAGUUGCUGCAGCUCACGAGACAAAAACUAAGCCAAGAACUGGAAGCUAGGUUUUUGGAACAAAAAAAAUUAAGGAGCUGGGAACAAUCAGUAUUCAUACAUCUUCUAAGUUUGCCCCUUUCACUAUCCGAAGAAGAAUUGCUUAAAAUGAGACAAGAGUUCCACUGCUGCUUUUCUCAGGUGGACAGCAGCUUGGCUUUGCCCAAGAUAAGAGCAAGAACUCUGCUUCAGGCUUUUGAGCUGGAGCAAAGGGAUGCAGAGCUGCUGAAAGUUGAUCAGAAUUUAGCAAUGACCAGUAAACAGCAGCAUUCUAAAAUGAAAAAAUCAGGAUCCAGGAGUAGAAAUAAAAUAGAUAUUCUGAAGAAAUCUUUACAGGACAAAAUUGUCAUUUAUGAAGACUCGUUGAAAUAUGCAAAUGUGAAUAAGGUUAAUUACGAGUUGCUGCUUGAGAAAGACUGUCAGCUGCGUAAUCUAGAAAAUAAACUUGGAGAGUAUAUUGCUUCUUUACAGUUUCAAAAGACUGUUAAAAAAAUCAAAAUGUUGGAGCUAUAUAUUGCUAUCAUAAGUGUACAAGCUUUGCUCUUUGAACAACUGAGCAUAUCAAAAACCCUGUCAAAAUUGGAAUGUAUUCAGAUAUUGGAAGCCCAUAAUCCAGAGAUUGAAGAACUUGACAGGAAGCUGGAGUAUGAAAUGUUGCAUAAGGAGUCAGCUCAGCAGCAACAACAUCUAAUGAAUAAGCAGAGGUGGACACCGGAUGGAUUGGGGCUUUCAAGUGAAGCUGUAGAAAUGAAUGCAGACAGACAGGUGACAGUUCUGCUAAGACAGGCCAUGAAUAAAUGUAACCAAUUUAUAAGUCUACACCAGCAAAGCUUGAGAGAUGAGCAGUGGAAUUGCAUGGUGCUUGAAGAUCUCCUGGAAAAUAUAGAAAUGGAUGCAUUUUUGGCACUUUAUAGUCAGGAGCUCCGACUGGCAGGUUAUUUAGCCAAACUGGCAAGGGUGCCAAUGGGAACGUUGCACAGGAUUCUGAACUUGUUGCUGCCCUCCAGUUCACAAAGUGAGGUUCUUUCUGUCCUUGAUUCCAUCAAUAAAUAUACAGAUGCUGUUGUUGAAGGUGAUAGGGCCGCAGAUGAGUCUGGCAGCUGUAAAAAAAGGAAGAACCAAGAAAGGUGGCAAGCAUUGGAGAACAAAGUAAGGGAAGAUCUGAUAAACAGAAGUUUGGAAGUAAUCCCUUCUCUAAACAGGAGAGAAGACAGCUUGAUAAAGAAGAAGCACCUUGCCUUCCUGGAAGAAGCAUCAUUCAUUCAUCUUGGAUGUUUGUCUACACAUCCUCCUAUGGAACAGUCUGGUCAAUAUGUUUCCUUGAACGCUGCAACUGUAGAAUCCAUAGAAGUAUUAGACACAGGGGAGAAGGUAUUUUUGUUCCGUGAGCAGAGUGAUCCAGUACUUUCUUUUCAUAAUUCUCCAAGGAAAAAGAAAAAGAACUUUCUUAAUUCCAAAAAAGCUGCACAUGCAAGUAUGGAUUAAUGAGGGA